AUGGAACAAACAGUACCUCUUAAAACUCUGAAUUUAAAAAAUUGUUCAUUAAUAUUCAUAGAAGUGCAUAGUUUUGUGGGUUUAACAUGUUUAUCAGAACUGAAUCUGGAAAACAAUAUGUUAGAAUCGAUUAUACCAGGCACAUUUGAUCCCUUAGUGAACGUUACGAAAAUUAAUUUAAAAGAUUUGUUCUCUUUAACCAAUUUGGACUUAUCAGAUAUCGGUUUAGUCGAAGUCAUGCCUAGAGCUCUUUACGGAUUGAAGACGUCAAAGGAGCUUCAUUUAAAUCUUAAUAAUCUAAAACACAUAAAUAACGAUACUUUCGUUGAUAUGCAAAGUUUAGAGUUGUUGGAUUUAAACGACAAUAACUUGAUAAAACUUGAUGAUAAAAAUUUCGAAGGUUUAAUAAAUUUGAAAGAGUUACGACUCAACAGCAACUCAAUAAACAGUAUUUCCAUUAAAGCUUUUGAGGGUUUGAAUAGUUUGGAAAUUUUACGAAUCGAAGACGAUGAAAUUCAAAAUAUCGCACUGGGAGUCUUAUUAAUAACCGAUUCACAUAUACCUAUUAUAAGAAACGCUUCUUUCUUAGGCUUAUUUAAUCUAUUAACACUCGAAAUAAAAAACUCGACCAUCGAAAACAUUGAAAUCAACGCCCUUAUUGGACUAUUCAAUCUGAACAAUUUCCAGGCCAAAGAUAUUUUUAGGAAAAUUAAAGUUAUACCUGGUUUUAUCUUUAAAGAUUUGUUCUCUUUAACCAAUUUGGACUUAUCAGAUAUCGGUUUAGUCGAAGUCAUGCCUAGAGCUUUUUACGGAUUGAAGACGUCAAAGGAGCUUCAUUUAAAUCUUAAUAAUCUAAAACACAUAAAUAACGAUACUUUCGUUGAUAUGCAAAGUUUAGAGUUGUUGGAUUUAAGCGACAAUAACUUGAUAAAACUUGAUGAUAAAAAUUUCGAAGGUUUAAUAAAUUUGAAAGAGUUACGACUCAACAGCAACUCAAUAAACAGUAUUUCCAUUAAAGAUUAAAGCUUUUGAGGGUUUGAAUAGUUUGGAAAUUUUACGAAUCGAAGACAAUGAAAUUCAAAAUAUCGCAUUGGGAGUGUUUCAGAAUUUCCCGUAACUGAAAACCUUAAAUUUGAACGGGAAUCUUUUGGUAGAGUUUCAAGUUGGCGCCUUUUCAAAUUUGCCUCUUUUAGAGAAUUUGUACACGGAAAAUAACAAUGUUUCUGCUAUUCUUACGGAAUCGUUGCUGCCGUUAAGAUCUCUGGUUACCUUAGACUUGGAAUGAAAUCAUAUAAAAAAAAUCGAUUAUGACAUAUUAGUAUCGAAUUUUAAUAAACUGAAAACAGUAGGAAUUGCAAAGAACAAAUUUCCAUGCGAUUACUUAAAAGGAAUGAUAGCCAAGUUUAAUAAAUUUCAAAUAAAUUUUGCCACAAAAAAUCCAGAUUAUCACAGUGACAACAUUGAUGGAACAGAUUGCAUAGACGUGUGUAAAUAUUUGCUUUGUCUAAAAGAUUCACAUGGUAUCAAUUAAUAAUUCUCUUUGUGACUUAUAAAAUUAUGUUCAUUAAUGUAUAUAGUCUGUCCAACGAGGGGAUCCCUGACAGUGACAGUUGUGUCUGUCAUUUUCAUUUUAAUUCGCAAGUAAAUUGUCCUUUUUUUAAAGUCGUCUGUCGAAAGCAUCCCUGAGUCGUUUGACAGACUUAUUUUAGUUAGUUAUAUGGUAUGUAAUAGUAGACUGUAGAAUGUUUAGGAGGGGACUUAAUCACCGCGA